AUGCUGCUCAGAGCCGCACGGUCGCCGUGUUGGCGUACAGCGCAAUUCGCCCAUCCGAGCUUCGCCGGCAAGCUACGAAGCACACGACUCAAUGGAACACACCUGCGCGCGUUCACAUCAAAUAACAAUCCAUUAUGGAGUCAAUCCACAGACAAUAAAGAUCAGGCUGUCAAAGCUACUCCAACCUCUACCCCCGCCCCAUCACAACUAGCAAACGCCAAUGUCAUCCAGAAGCCGGAAGAUAGCGGCAAUGCGAAGACCCCACAAAAGAAGGACUUGCUGAGCGAGCCCAUGACCGGAAAACAAGAACAAAGGAAGGCAGACUGGGCUAUUAUGAAAGAAAUGGCCAAGUACCUGUGGCCGAAGAAUGAUUGGGGCACGAAGCUACGUGUCAGCACAGCACUUUCACUGCUUAUUGGCGCAAAGGCAAGCUCCUUUUCUUUUGUGUUUCUAUUAAACUAUGCUAAUAUGAACACAAUACAGAUCCUCAAUGUGGAGAUCCCCUUCUACUUCAAGAACAUUGUCGACUCCAUGAAUGUAGACUUUGCUGCCAUUGGUGGAACCGCCUACACUGUGGCUGGAUCAAUGAUCAUUGCUUAUGGUGUGACCCGAAUUGGAGCUACGUUGUUUCAAGAACUGCGUAACGCAGUGUUUGCUAGCGUUGCGCAGAAGGCAAUUCGGAAGGUGGCGUCAAAUGUUUUUGAACAUCUGUUGCGACUGGAUCUCAACUUCCACCUCUCUCGGCAGACCGGAGGUCUGACCCGCGCAAUUGACCGCGGUACGAAGGGCAUCAGCUUCCUCUUAACGUCAAUGGUUUUCCAUGUGGUCCCGACAGCACUUGAAAUCUCGCUUGUCUGCGGUAUCCUGACUUAUCAAUAUGGCCUCCAAUUUGCCGCCAUUACAACAACAACAAUGAUCGCUUACACCGCGUUUACCAUCACUACAACCGCGUGGCGAACAAAGUUCCGGAGACAGGCAAACGCAGCUGAUAAUCGCGGAGCAACUGUUGCCGUGGACUCGCUCAUCAACUAUGAAGCCGUCAAGUACUUCAAUAACGAGAAAUUCGAAGUGGCACGAUAUGACAAGGCCUUGAAGAAGUAUGAAGAUGCAUCAAUCAAGGUGACUACAUCUCUGGCAUUUCUCAACUCUGGUCAAAACAUGAUAUUCUCCUCUGCGCUGGCCGCAAUGAUGUACCUGGCUUGCAAUGGAGUGGCAAACGGAUCCAUGAGCGUCGGUGACCUAGUCAUGGUCAACCAGCUGGUCUUCCAACUCUCGGUCCCCCUCAACUUCUUGGGAUCUGUCUACCGUGAGCUGCGCCAGUCCCUGCUGGACAUGGAGACGCUUUUCAACCUGCAGAAGGUGAACGUCACCAUCCAGGAACGACCCAACGCCAAGCCGCUGCAGCUGACGCAGGGCGGGCAAAUCCGGUUUGAGAACGUCACUUUCGGCUAUCACCCAGACCGACCGAUUCUGAAGAAUGCCUCCUUCACUAUCCCCGCAGGGCAGAAGUUCGCCAUUGUCGGCCCUAGCGGCUGCGGCAAGUCUACAAUCCUACGUCUGCUGUUCCGCUUCUAUGAUGUCCAGUCCGGCCGCAUCUUGAUCGACGGCCAGGAUAUCCGCGAGGUGACCCUCGAUAGCCUCCGCAAGACAAUUGGAGUGGUACCGCAGGACACACCGCUGUUCAAUGAUACGAUAUCUCACAACAUCCGCUAUGGGCGGAUUGAUGCAUCGGACGAAGAAGUGCGCCGAGCUGCGGAGCGAGCCCACAUCCACAAGCUCAUCGAGCGUUUGCCUGAUGGCUACCAAACUGCAGUUGGUGAGCGUGGUAUGAUGAUCUCCGGUGGCGAGAAGCAGCGGCUGGCAAUUUCUCGGUUGAUUCUGAAGGAUCCGCAACUAUUCUUCUUCGAUGAGGCAACAUCCGCCCUAGACACCUACACUGAACAGGCCCUCCUCCAGAAUAUCAACAGCAUUCUCAAAGAGAAGAGCCGCACAAGCGUGUUUGUGGCUCAUCGUCUACGCACGAUUUCCGAUAGUGACCAGAUUCUGGUCUUGAAGGAAGGUCAUGUGGCAGAGACGGGCUCACACCGCGAGUUACUCGAGCAUGACGGCAUUUAUGCUGAGCUUUGGAAUACCCAAGAACAGUCGAUGGCCCAGGAUGUUGACCUGGAGCGGAACCAGGGUGAAGAUGUUGAGCCCAAGGCGUGA